AUGCAGCCAGUGCAAGCUCCGGUGGCUUCCACCAUCAGAAGAGAAAUCUUCCAGAACAUGCCAUUAGUGUCGCCAGCUUUGACACCUUCAGUGCCAAUCAGUGGUUCCCCUCAAAUCCCUGAGCCGCUUUCACAGGAAGAGAGAAACAAGCUCCCGAUCCACGACAAAUUACCCCUUGUCAAGUGUAUAGCACGAGCCCGGAUCCCAACUGUGCAAGGUCCUGAGAUCUUCCUACAUCUCUAUGAGAACAACUUGGACAACAAGGAGCACUUGGCCAUUGUUUUUGGCGAGGAUAUCCGGUCUAAAACGUUGUUCAAGCAGCAGCCUGGCGAGUCACAACAGGAUAGAAUGACACGAGGCGCAUAUGUGGGGAAAUUGUUCCCAGGACGAGAGGUGGCAGAUAUCGACGAGAGGACGGGCCAACAACUUCAUUUUGACGCUGAUGGCAACUUGAUCAGAGAGUCUGCAACUACAUUCAAUGGCCAGGUAUUGGCACGGAUCCACUCGGAAUGCUAUACUGGAGAAACGGCCUGGUCUGCCAGAUGUGACUGUGGUGAGCAAUUCAAUGAGGCUGGACGACUUAUGGGUGAAAAUGGACACGGAUGCAUUGUGUAUCUUCGGCAGGAGGGCCGAGGCAUUGGGCUUGGAGAGAAGUUGAAGGCUUACAAUUUACAGGAUUUGGGUGCAGACACCGUCCAGGCCAACUUGAUGCUAAGACACCCUGCGGACGGACGCUCCUUCUCAUUGGCUACUGCCAUUUUGGUGGACUUGGACCUUGUGGAUAUUAAGUUAUUGACCAACAAUCCUGACAAGAUCGUGGCGGUGGAAGGCAGAAACAGAGACGUGAGAGUAGUGGAGAGGGUGCCUAUGGUUCCAUUGGCGUGGAGAACGGAGGAUGGCAUCAAAUCGAAGGAGAUUGAGGGCUACUUGAGCACUAAGAUCGAGCGCAUGGGCCAUUUGCUUGAAAAGCCAAUUAAGAUAUAG